AUGACGGGACAGAGUGCAGCAGAGGUCAUCCUCAUCUCUGUCAAUCACAGCAUCACUUUAAUGGGCAAGCUGUGGCUGAUUGUGAUGGUCUUCCUCCGUGUCCUGAUCCUCCUCCUCGCUGGUUAUCCCCUCUACCAGGAUGAGCAGGAACGAUUUGUGUGUAAUACAAUUCAGCCCGGCUGUGCUAACGUAUGUUACGAUCUGUUUUCUCCCAUAUCUUUGAUGCGCUUCUGGCUGGUGCAGCUCACUACUUUAUGCCUGCCGUACAUAAUUUUUGUCAUCUUCGUGGUCCACAAAAUCUCAAAUGGCCUUGCUGUAGAUUUGAUGUCCUCAGAUCACAGUGAAGAUGAGAUGAUAUGCAAGAUCCACCAGCAGGCUUUCUUCAAGACAUCUGUCAAGCCUUUAGCAGUUCAAAAGUUCACUGGAGCCUACAUCCUUCACCUGAUGUUCAGGACAUUGCUGGAGGCAGGAUUUGUGGUGGCUCACUACUAUCUGUUUGGUUUUCACAUCCAUAGGAGGUUCCUGUGCCAGCAUCCACCAUGUACGACCCAAGUAGACUGCUACAUCUCCAGACCCACUGAGAAAACAGUGAUGCUCAACUUCAUGCUCGGUGUUGGAGCUCUGUCCCUCUUCCUAAAUGUGUUGGAUUUCAUCUGUGCCAUCAAGCGCUCUGUGAGACAGAGGAGCAGGAGGAAGGUGAUGGUGGAGAAGAUGUAUGAGGAAAAGCAGUGUUACAUUUCAGCUGGAGGUGAAUCUGGAGGGGUAGACCCAACUUCACUCAGUCAUCGGCAUCUGGAGGUAGAAGCCGGACACACAAGGAGUUUUCGCAACAGGUUGAGCAGCAGGUCAUCCAGUAAAGAAGAAGCACUUGAUUUACGACAGGAAGCAUCUUGCCUGGAGCACUCCUCUCUUUCAGGCUGCCACAACGACAGGAAUAAUGGAUACUCAGGUUCCCAAGAGGAGGACCUGCACAGGAACAGCAGCGAGGUGGCCCUCUGCCCUCCACAAGCCAUGGGAUCACCCAGAUCCAUCCGUGUUAGCAAACGCGGCCGACUCAAACCGCCACCUCCACCAAGACGAGUCCCUCGAGGGUCCCCAAGCCCUAUUGGGGAUGCUUCCACAGCAACAGCGGGUUGUGCCAGAGUAGUGGGACAGUACACCCUGGUAGAGCUGGACGGUGGUACACAGCAGACCAAUGAUGAAAGCCAGGAGAAAAGAUCAGAGUGGGUGUGAUUUUACAAAGUUGGAUUUCUUUGUUUUCUGGUUAUUUUGAAAUGUGGCAAUGGAACAUAUCAGAGUGACUGUAGGAGUCAGCAACACCCAGAGGCUCAGAAAGUGCAAAACCCCAUUUUCAGAAGUUCAGAAUAGAAUCCACAAUGCACAUUUGUUUCAAAAAUAUAUGAAGCUCAAAAAUUAACGAAACAGGACCAUUAUGAUCUAAAAGAGUUCCAUCCACCUGCUUCUUCCCUUGUUGGUUUUACCCCCACCUCCCCUGACAGACACUCCAGGCCGGGCCUCUACCUGCCCCGGAUCCACAUUCCCGCAAACACCAGGGCCAUGACAUGACACCCGCUGACCUCCUCUCUUUUGUGUUCGGGUCACUUGGGUCACAACGGACGUGCGCAGCCUUGAGACCAAGCACAUAGGUAUUUGGCCGACCGUUUGGAAUUAGGAUCAGGCUGAAUCCAAAGAUAAUAAUCUGACUCAGGUGCUGUAACUGAGCUGGUAGAAUCAGAUGGAAUUUCUCCGUCAGAAGUGAAGGACGAUGUGAAGGCCCCUGAAGAUCACACAUGCUGUCAAAGCAGUUACAUUCCCCCUUAAGGCUCUGUAUUUAUGGGGACGGCCUGCCACUCUAUUUUAGGGCCCUGUUCAGCUUAGCAGAAACACAAACCUGAACAUAUACACUGACUCUACAAAUAAAGCACAGAGAUGCUCCUGCUCCCUCUGGCUUUCAUUACAUCUUGCUCAAAGUUCAGAUUUAUGUGGCUCAGUGCCCCACCAUCACAUACGUGUUGUAUGAAGACCAAAACCUGCUGACAUGUUUGCUCAAUUGAGA